CAUGAUAAAUUAAAAAUAUAAAUUAGGUUGUUUGGAUUUUCAGUUUCAAACAUUAUAAUUUAAAAUUUAUUCGUUUAAUAUGAAGUAGAUACAUUUAUGAACUGAUUUAAUUUAAUUUAUUUGAAGAUAAAAUUACUGCUUAAUUUGGUGGCUAUUUUUUCUCUUCAAAUUUGGUUGUACCUAUGUCGACUUCUCUUCAACAAUGGAGAGAGAGAGAGAGAGAGAGAGAGAGAGAGAUAUGAGGGUGCAGAGACAAAUUGAACAAGAAAGUGAUACUGGAGGCAAACUAGUACUUGGACCUAUAACUAGAGUGUAGUUAGUGAUUAAAUGAUCUAUAGAAUAAUAAAGCUCAAGUUUUCCUUUCUUUUCUCUUAACAUUCUACCAUAUCUUUAUUGUACGUAUCAUCUGUAAGGGAUCGAUGUGCAAUCAAAAGGCUUGUAAACAAAAUUCUAAUAUGUUUGAUUUUUUCCUUUCAUCUUGAGUCUGUACCCUUGCAACUGCAUUAUUCAAGUUAUCAAUUUCUAAGAAGCCAACAAGCUUCAUUCCUUAAAGAUUUUUACCUCAAUUCUCCGCAGAGAACAUCACACAACAUCAGUAACUCAUAACUCGUAUUAAAAAAAUGGAACCCUCUCCCUCUCACUCUGCAACUCCUCCUCUACCCUCCAAGGAAUCACUUAUUAAGCGCUACAAGCCCAUCUGGCGUCUUCUUUUGAUCUUCAAUCUCGCUCUAGGAGGUUAUAUGUUCGCAAAAUCUAGAAAAAAGAAUAUGACCAUGGAGGACAGAGGAGAUGCAAAAACUGGUCUAGAAGAAAGCAAAGCUGCAGUGAAAUACCCUUUUGCUCCUACUGCAACUAUCCCUUUCGUUGAAGAACCACUAAUCCCGAUUGUCGCAACAAAGCCUGUUAAAGUGCAAGAGCCGAUUCCUGAAGAUCAACAGAGGGAGCUUUUCAAGUGGAUUUUGGAAGAGAAAAGGAAAAUCAAGCCCAAGAACCCUGAAGAGAAAAAAAGGAUUGAUGAAGAGAAGGCAAUUUUGAAACAGUUUAUCCGUGCAAAAUCUAUUCCAAAAUUAUGACUAAUGCUUCUCUUCAUACUUGGGAAAUCUAUUUUUCUAUUGCUCAAAA